AUGGGAAGGAAGAAAAUAGAUUUGAAGACAAUAGAAUGCCCAAAGGAGAGAAGUAGCAAAUACUCAAAACGUAAAAAAGGACUUUUAAAAAAGGCUGAGGAAAUGGCGGUAUUGUGCGAUAGUGAUAUAAUUCUCCUCGUCUUUUCUCCCACCUCCAAGCCAAACCUUUUCUAUCCUCAUUAUAGGUGUUAG